GUUACGGCGGCCUGAGGUGGCGGCCAUCUUGGCGGUGGAGCGAUGAGCGGGUCGAACCCGAAGGCUGCGACUGCGGGUGCGCAGGCUGGGCCCGGCGGGCUGGUGGCUGGCAAGGAGGAGAAGAAGAAGGCGGGCGGCGGCGUCCUGAACCGGCUCAAGGCGCGGCGGCAGGGGCCCCCCAACACGACCGACGACGGCACCGGGGCCGCGGUCACGGAGCAGGAGCUGCUGGCCCUGGACACGAUCCGCCCUGAGCACGUCCUACGCCUCAACCGGGUCACCGAGAAUUACUUAUGUAAACCUGAAGACAAUGUCUACAGUAUUGACUUUACCCGCUUCAAAAUUCGAGAUCUGGAGACGGGGACGGUGCUCUUUGAGAUUGCCAAGCCUUGCACCUCAGACCAAGACCAGGACGCCGAGGAGGAGAGCGCUGACGUGGAUAUCAGUGUGGGGCGUUUCGUUCGAUAUCAGUUCACACCAGCCUUUCUCCGCCUCCGGACCGUUGGCGCCACGGUAGAGUUCACUGUGGGCGACAGGCCUGUAACGGGUUUCCGGAUGAUCGAGCGGCACUACUUCCGGGAGCGACUGCUGAAGACCUUUGACUUCGAUUUCGGCUUCUGCAUCCCUAGCAGCAGAAACACGUGUGAGCACAUCUACGAGUUCCCACAGCUCUCCGAGGACGUCAUCCGGCUGAUGAUUGAGAACCCCUAUGAGACGCGCUCCGACAGCUUCUACUUUGUGGACAACAAGCUGAUAAUGCACAACAAGGCCGACUACGCCUAUAACGGAGGCCAGUGACGCGGCUGAGCGCACAGAGAGGUCCUCUGCCGCCACCACCAGGCGCACAGUGGAAGUGCAGCUGCGGUCGGUCAACACCCAUCUUGAACCUGGUCCAGGAAGCUGCAGCCGGGGCGGCGGUGUUUUGUGCUCCAAGGAGGUGCCAGCCAGCAGUUUCUCUUCCCAGUGUUUGUUCCCUGCCCCCUAGUUCACAGAGGUAUUAUAGUGAAGUAAAAGGUUAGGGUAAGGUUCCGGGACCCAGAUAAAAGCUUAUUUCUGUGUAGUCUUAGCUGUGCACUGCUUACCCCGACAAGCCUGACCGUCCAGGCGUAGCUGUGUCAGGCAGGAGGCUUGGGCUGGGUUGGCCUGCAGGUUACCAGCCCUCUGCAGGCUCCUGGGUGGGCGGCUGAGAGCCUCUCACUCCCUUAUCCGUGCCAUUGGCACGGUCUGUCCUUGCCUAUGCAGUUAGGCCGACCGGAAGAAACUUGAGAGACUGGGCAGGGCAGAGCACGGGCUAAGGCACUGGGUUGGGAGGUGGUGCCAGAGUCACAGACAAGUUUUAGAGGAGGCUUCUUACCUGCUUUUGAGGAGACCACAGCCUCAGCCUGGGGGAGACCACAGCCUCAGCCUGGGGGAGACCACAGCCUCAGCCUGGGGGAGACCACAGCCUUACCCUGGGGGAGACCACAGCCUCAGCCUGGGGGAGACCACAGCCUCAGCCUUGGGGAUACCACAGCCUCAGCCUUGGGGAGACCACAGCCUCAGCCUGGGGGAGACCACAGCCUCAGCCUGGGGGAGACCACAGCCAGGCCUGGCAGCGCCUUCUGUUCUUGUUCUAGAGGCCAUGGGCUUCCUCUGCUGCCCUGGCAUGACUUUCUAACAUGUCCUGCCCUGGCCCUUGGCAGUUCUGUUCACAGAACAUGAUGUCUCUCCAGUCCAGUGCUCCCUGGCUGUGCUGUGUGCUCCUUAUUCUCAGACUUCUUUGGGGGAAUCUUCACACUGUCAGUGUUUAGCGCCCAGCAUGCUGAUAGAUCGCCGAUAGGACUGGUCGACCCCCAAGCUAAUGUGGCUCAUGGCGGGGAGGCACGGUGGGGCUUUAGGGAGCUGACUGUAUGCAGUGCGCUUGGAGGAGAGGCCCUGGGUGGGGGAGGGCUCUAGAGCAGUCUCAUGGUGAGGAAUGCUUUCCUAUCUGCUUUCUGCUGAAGCCAUUCCUAGAACUGUCGACCUCAUGGCCCUGAGGAGUCCAUAUUCUGGUCCUGCCUCAGACUGCUGCAUGCUUGAGUGUUUGGGAAAGAAGGGUGGCCGAGGCUGAGGCUGCGUGUCCGAGCUGUCCUUAGAUGGCCUCCGGUGUCCUCAGACCCCCACUGACUGACUCCUUCCUCUUCAGCUCCCUAGGCUGUCCCUGUGUUGGCUCUAGGACUCUGGCUGGGGUCCAUUUGGCAUUGAAUGAGGUGCAGGAAGGGCGGGUGUGCAUAAAGUGUCUCUGAGGCACACGUUACCUGUGAUGUCACCUGUGACGAGACUGGGGCCCCCAAAGUACUUGGGAGAAAGGAUGCGCUUUGGCCAGUGCUGCUCUGCCAGCUUCGAGCAUCAAUGGUCUUGGAUCUGGACCUGUGCUCCCGAUCUGGACCCGUGCUCCCCAUCUGGACCCGUGCUCCCGAUCUGGACCCGUGCUCCCGAUCUGGACCCGUGCUCCCGAUCUGGACCUGUGCUCUUGAUCUGGCCUGCGCUCUACGCCACCCUGCUCCCGGCUGGUGCUUUGGGAGUGAGGAAGCCUACAUUAGCCUUCAUGCUGCACUGGAUUAACCCACUGAGACGGGGCCCAGGGGUCCUAUGGUGGGCCCCUCCUGACCAUUCCAGUGGCUCUCAGAACUGGAGUCCACUCCACAUCUAGGUGCCUUACGCGAGGCUCUGCCCCAUGUGCUGCUGGGAGUGGCCAGGCCUUGCUCCCUCACCUGCACGCAGACAUGAGCGUCCUUCUGCCUCUUGUCAUGUGGCCCCUCUGCAAGGUUCAGCGUCUGUUACAGAGUCGGGAGGUAUUUGGUACCCAGAACAUAAGUAACUGCCGCCUAGGACGUGCUUCCUGGAGCUGUGCGGCCUUUGCUCGGUAGAGCGCUGCCCGGCUGCUCCUGUUUUCUGGCACGUUGUUUCCUGCUUGCCAUGCUGGCUUCGCUUGGAGGGCCCAGACGUAGGGGCUGCACACAGUACUGGCUUGAGAAGGGCUGCGUCCCCUUCCCAUCAGCCUGUUUUCAGAGCACACUGAGGCCGGCUGGGUGCUCAUACAGGUAGGGUGGAGCAGUCUGCAGUCUUCUUUAGCUUCUGAAGGGCCGGUGCUCCGUGUCUGGCUGCUUAGGGGAGCAUCUUGCUCUUUGCUAGAGAGUUUGAAAUUCUAGCUUUUGUGCCUGACUUGAGUAAACUGGAAGUCAUAUUUUGUAAAUUACUAAACAAGCAGAAGCCGAGUCAGAAGUCAAGCUGUCCAGGAACCCAGCAGCUCCCGUGGCGGCCUGGUGCAGGUGCUGGGGCGGGUGUGCGCAUGCCCAGGGCAGCAGUCUGAGAAGAUGGCAGCCCCGCUCCAGCGAGGCAGGGCUCAGCUAGGUCUCCAUCCUUGCCCCGUGCCUUGGGGCCAGGCCGCCCUCUAAACAUAAAUAUCGGAGUAAAGCACUAUAGGCCAGCACUCGGCUGCCAUCACUGGUGUCUCAGAUUAGCUCAGCACUCGCUGUCUCACACAACCCUUCUGGAGGUUCCCCAGGCUCUGGGCAGCUCGUUUUCAGUCCUAGGACAGCACCUUGCCGUGUCUGCGAUGGAACAUAGACUCGGGUUCUGAAAACACCCACAUCCGUGUCCAGAGCAUCAUAGCCACAGGCAGUCUGGAAGAGGCAGGCUCUCUCUUUCAUAAAGGAGCUUGUGGUAAUGUCACUCAAGUUGUAAAAGUCCGUUACAACAGAAAGUGUGUAAAUCUAUUUUUCACAGAAAUAACAAACAUCUGUCAUUAAAGUCCUCAUUCCAAAACAAAUCAGAUGAUUCUAUUUGUAUAUGAUACUAUUUUACCACAAGAGACAGUAAUAAAGAUUUUUCACAAUA